AUACUCGGGAGACACCAGGUCCUGCACCAUGAAAGGCAUUCUUGUUGCUGCUAUCAUCAUAGCAUUCGUGGCUGCAGCUGUAGAAUCCCUAAGUUGUGUGCAGUGUAAUUCAUUGACAAACACCUGUGACAACGAGAACAUCACUGAGUGUCCCUCAGAUGCCAAUACCAGCUGUACCAGUUUCAUGACCAACACUUCUUUAGGGGCAGCCAACAUAUACCAGGAUAAAGCCUGCUCUGCGGAGAACUGCAGGGAAGGGAGAGACACGGUUGAAGCCUUCACUGUCCAUGUUUCCGAUAAAGAGCGCUUCCAUUUUAUAAGUCAGUGCUGCCAAGGAAAGCAGUGCAAUGACACCACUGAUGCUCUGGCUCCUCCCCUGGAAGAUGUGUCCAGCAACAUAGAGUGUUUUGCAUGUUAUGGAUCUAAUGAAAGUUCCUGUAAUGCGCAAAUCAGGAAAUGUUAUAAAGAAGAACGGUGUGUCAAUCUAGUUGCAGAAUUUAAGAAUGAGACCAAGAAGCUUGUGCUGAGAGGCUGUUCCAACAUCAGUAACUCCACCUGUCAGUUCCUGUCUGCUGAGAACCGGACAGUUGGAGGAGUCAUCUUCCGAGAGUUCGAGUGUCUAGACGGUGCUAACUUCUCCUCAACCGCCAUUCCCAACUCCUCCCUGACUACACCUCCUGCCAGCAGCUCCAACACCUCCUCAGUGCCAGCCUCCACCCCAGACACGGCUUCCAAAGUCUCCUUCACCCCUGUGGCCUUUGUCAGCCUCCUCCUGCUGGGGCUGCUGCUCUGA